CCAAGUAUACAAAUAGGAGUCGCACCCCACUUUGCCCACUCCUCCUUAUUUCUCUCCUCAUACCGCGACGUGACCACGCCUUUCCUCCUCACUCCUCCUUUUUUAAGCUCUCUUUCUUUCUUCACCUGUAAACCAUUUCAUUAAUUCUCACUCCAUAACGCAUAACCAUAAACCUCUUUCUCAUCUUUUUUCUUAUCAUUUAUACCCCUUUUCACGAGUAACAUCAAGCUUUGAUUCGAUUCAGUUAUGGAUAUGGCGGACAAUUUAGAUGAUUGUGAGUUUUGGUUACCUUCUCAGUUCCUUACCGACGAUGAUAUUCUCAUGGAUUUUCACUUCGAUACUUCUUCUAAGCUUGGUUCUAUGAUCAGUACUACCGCUUCCAACUCUGAUCUAAGCACUGAAACUGAGAGUGAUGAAGAUGAUUUCUUACUCGCUGGGAUAACUCAUCAAAUCAGUCGCUCUAAUCUUCAUGAUUCUUCUUGUUCUCUUCAUUCAAAGGGGUGGAAGUUAUCGAGUUCGCCGCAAUCAACGUUGUGGGGUUGUACUUGUAUAUGCAACCAAAGUUCAAGCCGAGAGAGUGGGAGCUGUCCAGUGUCACCGCCACAACAACAACCGCCAACGGAGGACAAAAACGACGCCGAUUUGGAGGAUAACAAGAAGAAUAAAAAUGAAAACGCAACUUUGGAUCUGCUUAAUAAGGCGGCAGGAGAGGUAGCAAGGUUGAAGAUGAGAACUGAAAAAAGUAUUGGAACUGGAUUCUUCGAUUGUAGCCAAAAAGGAGUUUCUUAUCCUCCACCUCUUAAGAAUCUCGACCCAAUUCCUCGUCUCUAUUUUCGGCCCCAAUUCCUUCAUUUCCCUCCGAUGGGUUGGGCACCGUCAAAUGGGAUGCAAUUUAAUCAGCAACCUAAGCAACAACCGCCGCAAAAAGCAAAGAAUAUUAAGAGCAACACAAACAUCAACAAUAAUCGUCCUCUUGGGCUACCUCCUUCUGCUUGGCCUCCUCUUCAAGCCCAAUCUCAAGCCCAAAAGCAAGACCAAGCCCAAGCCCAUACUCAUGCCCAACCUCAUGCCCAAUCACUGCCGCCGAGGUUUGUUGUGCCCAAGAGAGAGUAUGCUGGAACUGGUGUGUUUUUACCGCGAUGUGUUACCUCCCCUGCUAAUGAAACUCGCAAAAAAUCUGAUGGGAAUACUAGUAACAAGUCAAAAAGCGGGAAAGGUUCACAAUCUCAGUUAAAUAACCACCGACGGAACUCCGGUAAGACAACGACAAUGACAUCGACAACGACACCGGUGACUCAUAUUGACAUACAGCUACCCCAAGAGUGGACCUACUGAAAUACCCCUCGUUCUUGGGUGUUUUAAGUGGGGAAUCUUUAUUUCUUAUGAUGCUAGAAUUAGUAUUAGAUGUGUGAAGAAAAUAAAAAAAAUUUGGGGUUUUGAUCGCCGGAUAAACUGCAGCUUUUUGUUUGCAGUUUUAUUGUGACAUCCAAUAACCAAAAACACAUUUAAGUUUAAUUAGCUUCAUGAGUGGGUGUAAUCUUAUGCCCAUGGAGUUGGUCGACAUAAUAAAGUCAGGGUUUAAAGUAAGAGGGUUAUAAUAUUUUCUUCUUUCUGUGUUAUAGUCAUUUAGAAGUGUAGCAAAGUCAUAGCCUCUAUUCGCUCAUUCCCUUAGUCUAAUGAUUAAUACUUAAUAUUUAAUAGUAGUGUUUGUGUAAAAUCUAUAAUCCUAUAAUUUUUUGGUCGGCUUUUUAUUUGGUUGUAUCAAUAUUGAUACUUGAUCUCUUCUACAUCAAAUGUAGAGGGGCAUAAUCAAUAAAACCUCUUUAAUAUUUCUUUCAUUGUGAUAAUAAUAUUUUACCUAUUUUUUAAUUUUAUGUUUGAA